CAACAAGAUGUCCAGCCCAUUGGGAAACCAGCCUCCUAGGCGCAGCGGCGCUCCCUCAUCUGGAAGCCCCUACAACACUCCUCGUCAUGGCCGAAUCCCAUCACGCACUGGUAUCGAGCCCAUGUCUCCUCCUCAAGCCCAACAGCCCUCUAUGCCCAACCAUCGCGCUCCACCAAAAGUCCACCAUCUCCAAGAAGAAGAACCGACCCCUCUCCAACGCUGGAAUGGCGCGUCUGUGAAUCCCUUCAUGCGCUGGGCUUACACAGUCCUCGAUGCUCGAGGUUCCACUCGUCCUAACUACAACUACGAUCCGGACAUGAAUAACGCGAUAUAUCUGAGCGAGACCAUCGACGACUUCGACCGCAACCCCUCCCUCGUCCACGAACUCGUCCUCCGCAUCGCAAACCCCGAACUCGGCCAUCCCUCCAUGGACUGGAUCCGCGCGAACCGCUCUCUCGUCGACAUCCUGCUCUACCGUCACUACCAGCGCUACGGCGGUCUGAUGUUACCUCCGACGGCGGCAGCGCUUCGGGCCAUGGAGCAACACGAGGCCGCGAUCGCUGCUGCUAGAGCCGCUGGUGUGCUUCCGAAUGAGUACCCACACAUCACCUUCCCGGCUUUUGGUCCACCUCCGCCGAGGGAUGGUGAGGUGGGCUCGCCUAAGGGCAAGGGCAAAAUGACUCCGGGGAAGCCGUCUGGUUCUCCUCCAGGCAAGGGCAACCUAUAUGGCAGUAUUGGAGAUAGGGGUGAGUUUGGCCGUGGAGGCGCGAGUGGUGGCGGUGUCUAUUACUGA